CAGCUGUUGCUUCUUUUAUCACACCAUACUGUGUACUUACAAUUUGAUCGAAAAACGUCAUUUUUCUUGAUCUCUCCUCAGUUAAUUGAGGAAUAAAGUACUAAAUCUUCGGUUACAUAUAAAACAGCAGCUCACUGACUGCUUUUCGUUCAACAGAAUAAGCUUUUCAUUAAUAUUUCGGAGUUUAUAUGCUCGUGCUUCGUACAUGCCGGCGAAUUUCAUACUGAUAAGAGACAAUAGUGUAUCAUUUUGAGCCGAAUACUUUGACCUACUGCGAUGGAAAAGGAACAUCCAGCUGUGACGAAUUUUCGCAAUUAUUUGAGGAUCCCUACGGUACACCCGGAUAUAAAUUACGACGAAUGUGUGAAAUUCUUGAUCGGCCUAGCAGAUGAGCUCAAACUACCCCACAAUGUGAUCGAAGUAAAAACUGGGAAACCAGUUGUAGUGAUAACAUGGCAAGGUUCUGAGCCAGAUUUACCAUCUAUUCUAUUAAAUUCGCACAUGGAUGUCGUCCCAGUAUUUCCAGAUAAUUGGACAUAUGGACCAUUCGACGCAGUCAAAGAUGCAAAUGGGGAUAUUUACGCCAGAGGUGCUCAAGAUAUGAAAUGCGUUGGUAUCCAGUACAUGGAGACUAUUCGUAAAUACUUGAACGAAGGAUUGAAAUUCAGAAGAACCAUUCAUUUAUCAUUUGUACCCGAUGAAGAAAUUGGCGGCGUUGAAGGAAUGGGUUAUUUCGUAGAAAGACCCGAAUUCAAAAAAUUGAACGUUGGUUUCACUCUAGACGAAGGAAUCGCCAGCCCAUCCGAUGAAUUUUUAGUAUUUUACGCCGAACGUUCAAUUUGGCAAAUAAUAUUCACGUGUUGCGGUAACGCUGGCCAUGGUUCUUUAUUGCACGAGAACACAGCAGCUGAAAAAGUCCAAUACCUUAUAAACAAAUUCUUUGAAUAUCGUGAACAGCAAAAGAAAAAAUUGCAUUCUGAUCCAAAUCUAUUGAUAGGCGAUGUUACUACGGUUAAUUUAACUAAACUCGAGGGUGGAGUUCAGAUGAACGUUGUGCCUCCUGAAAUGAAAAUAGGAUUCGAUAUAAGACUAGCUCUAGAUGUAAAUCACGAAGAUUUCGUUAAAAUGAUCGAUACCUGGUGUCAAGAAGCUGGUAAAGAUAUUCAAUACGAGUUUAUUAACAAAAUGCCCUACGUUCCUCCUACUAUACUCGAUGAUAGUAAUCCGUGGUGGGUUACUUUCAAAAACGAGGCCGAUAAAAUGGGUCUUAAACUUAGAAAAGCUGUCUUCCCAGGAGGCACUGAUUGUCGAUAUGUUAGAGAACUUGGUAUUCCUGCUUUUGGAUUUUCUCCCAUGAAUAAUACGCCGGUGUUGUUACACGAUCACGAUGAAUUUUUGAACGAGAAUGUCUUUUUGAAAGGAUUAGAUAUAUAUUACAAUAUUAUUAAAAGUGCAGCUUCAUUGUGAGCUAUCUGUACAGCCUACAGAUGGAUACGAUGAACAUUUCAUCUUUAUUUUAAUGGAAAAAGUACCUAUUUUUUUUCUUUUCGAUAUUUCACAUGAAUUUUAAAAAAAAAUACAUAGCCUACUCGUACUUUCGAUAAAUCUGUGAUAAUGCAAUGUAAAAUAUGUAGGUAGGUAGUAGUAUCUGUAGCUGUAGCCUAACCUUCUAGUAAUAUUGUGUGAUAACAUUUCUGAAUGAAGAUUCAGUUCACUGUUACGAUGUUUUUAAUGUGUAAAACUGUAAAUAGCUUAUUCAAUUAUUAUUUUAAAACAUAUAAAUCCUACAUCGGUACAUCAGUCAAUUAAUGUGACGGAUUUUUAUUAUCAUCGAGGCCAAUUUCAUGAUGAGUUCAACUCAUGGUGAAAUAGUAUUAUUUCAUUCUCUGUCCAUCAAUUUUUCCGUAACCAUUGUAUUUAUUCUUGAAAUCCAUCUUCAUGAAUCUUAAAUUAAUACACCCUUUCAUCUGUU